UUGGAGGUUUUACGCACAGCUUCAAGUGACUUGCGUUUACUUUGUCAGUAAACGGCUGUUUAAACCUCGACUGGUUUGGCUGUUUUCUGGCUGACUUGUCAACAUAAUGUGGGGUUUCCAGAGGACGCGGUAUGCAGACUGCAACGGCUCUGAGGCCAGUGAAGAGACGGAGAUUGUGGUGAAUAUCGGCGGGGUGAAACAGGUGUUGUAUGGAGACGUGUUAACUCGCUACCCGGAGACUCGACUGGCAGAGCUGGUGGACAGUUCACUUAAAUCUUCUGAAGAAAUUUCAUUAAUAUGUGACGAUUACGACCCUGACACAGGAGAAUUUUAUUUUGACAGAGACCCCGAAGCUUUUAAGUGCAUAAUUGAGCUGUAUUAUUAUGGGGAGAUACACAUGAAACGAGGCAUCUGUCCAAUUUGCUUUAUGAAGGAGAUGGAGUUCUGGAAAAUUGGAUCGGAUUUUCUAGAUGAAUGCUGUAAAAGCCACCUGAAAGAGGUAGAAGAUGAACUUGCAGAGAUUGCCGAGAAAGUGAGAACUAUCCUGGUCGACAGAGAAGGCGAUCCAUCUGCAGGAGGCUGGCAGCGCUUCCAGAUAUGCCUCUGGAGGUUGAUGGAGAAGCCAGAAUCAUCGUUGCCUGCUCACAUAAUCGCUAUAGUUUCUUUCAUCUUCAUCCUCAUCUCAUCCGUGGUAAUGUGCGUCGGGACCAUCCCCGACCUGCAGGUGGAGGACUCGGAGGGUAACCUCACGGAGCAUCCAGUCCUGGAGGUCAUCGAAACCGUGUGCAUUGGCUGGUUUACUAUUGAAUACAUUUUACGUCUGAUCUCUUCCCCAAAUAAAAUAAAAUUUGUGCUAGCUUUCAUGAACAUAAUCGACUUCAUGGCGAUCAUGCCCUUCUUUGUGGUGCUGAUUCUGACCUCCUUUGGCGCGGGAGUGAUGGAGCUGGCUAAUGUGCAGCAAGCGGUGCAAGCUUUACGCAUAAUGCGCAUUGCGCGCAUUUUCAAGCUGGCACGCCAUUCAUCUGGACUCCAGACUCUGACAUCUGCCCUAAAGAGCAGCCUCAAAGAGCUCGGGCUGCUCCUCAUGUACAUGGGUGUGGGAGUAUUCCUUUUUUCGGCUCUGGGCUACACUAUGGAGCAGAACCACCCGGACACGUUGUUCACCAGCAUCCCACAGUCUUUCUGGUGGGCAGUGAUCACAAUGACCACAGUGGGGUAUGGAGACGUCUACCCUAAGACCACUUUAGGUCGAUGUAACGCGGCCAUCAGCUUUCUGUGUGGGGUCAUCGCCAUAGCCCUGCCUAUACACCCCAUCAUAAACAAUUUUGUCUUGUUUUAUAACAAGCAACAGGUGCUAGAGACUGCGGCCAAGCAUGAGAUUGAACUGAUGGCACUGCGCACCGGCGACGGCGAGCUGAAGGCUGCACCUGGCUCCCAUAAACAUGUUUGCGGUGCAGGGACCUGGGACAACACUAUGCACUCCGGUCACAGCGAUACAUUCAUCCCCUUACUGAAGGAUCCCAGGGGAGGGGCAGGCAUCCAGACCCCCAGCAUGGACACAAGCUUUGAAAGCACCGCCGAGGCCACUGAACAUUUUAACUCAUGAAAAGGAACCCCCUCCCAUAAAAAAAAGUCAGCAAAAACACAAACAACGCGAAAUUAAUUAUUCAGCAAAAUUAGUCUGGGUUAAUGACACCACCGUGACUCGAGAAUGUAAAUAGCCUCGCGGAUAGAAGAACGCUUUAAUGAUUCCCAAGGACCUUAAAUGCAUUUGAGGAAUUGCGGCUGUUAAAGAGACAUAUGUGUGAGAUAUUGAAUUGAUGAGCUGUGCCACUGCGCAGUGACUCCCUGUAGGCUGAGGGGUUCUGUUUAAACAGCCAAUACACUGAUUCCCCCAUGUAGACAUCUUAUAUAACACUCCCAUAGUCCUCACACUUACACUGUAGACCGCACUGUAGCUUCGUCUUCUGUACAGAAAUAUGUAUCACAAGAAAUGUCUUUAAUAAUGAAAAUAGGCCAGUUUAGUCAAAAGGAAAGAGAAAUAUAAUGAACCCAUGAUUUAUGAGAGUGUAUAGACAUAAAAAGAAAAAAAAAACACAGACCAUAUGCCAUACAUUCAAAUGAGGUAGGUGACUGGAUCACUGCAACGUGUUGCAGCCAAAGGUGUGAUACGGGGACAUAAAGCAACAUAAGACGGAUAAGACGGAAGGGGUUGUUAUUUUUUGCUGCUGCCUGUAAUCUUCAUGGCAUCAUUGUAAUUUUUUUGUAACUGACACUAUAUGAUUGUGAGGUAAUGUAUCAAAUAUAAAGCCCGUCUACUGUGCAGGAAUUAUAAAUGCGGCGUCAGUGUCAUUGGACUGAAUUUCUCGUUAAGCUCGUGUUGCCGAUUUCGGAACUUCAGAAGCUUCCUUGGCUGCAGGACAUGUUCCGGUAAUGGGUUUCAGUCUUUACAGCCGCUGUCAUCGCUCUGCAGAUAUUUGACAUAUUAAACUUGACCAGCAAGUUGUGGAAGAGGGAAAGAAGCAACAGGCAAGAGACGAAACAAAAACGAUCAUAUAUAUUAUAUAUAUUAUAUAACAGAACCGUCUGGAAAGCAGGUAAUGGAUUUUGAAGAAACUUGAAACCGUGAUAUAUUUCCACACUGCCUCACACCUUUCAAAGUGAACUCUUAAAUCGCCGUAAUGGGGGCUAUUUUUAAAGGUUACAUUUUCACAGUUUGAAAGGUGUCAGCUCCUACGCCAUUAGUCUGAGUGACAUGAAAUUUGCUGCACAAAUAGACCAGUCCUUAGAAAAAUUAGGCGGCACAGUAGGGGAGCUCUAAUUAAAAUCUGGCACGUUUCAUUCAAAUGUCACGUCUAAUGUGCCACAAUGCAUCCUGUGGGAUGAUUUAUGUCAAGACUGUAUAUCUU